GAGGUCGAAAGCAUUUUCCUAAAAAACAAAUAAGAAAAAAAAACACUCAGCCUUUAUCUAUUUAUCUUUAAUAAAACUUGAUAAUUCAAUUUUGUUGUUGCUGUUGUUUUCAUAGGGUUAAUCGCCUCGUUUAGAUUCUUCACCAAGUGACUCUCAUUUUCCAGCUCAAAUUGUUUUUAGUCUCAUCUGCCAAAAGCCAAAAUCUUUUGGCCUUAUAAUGUUUCUUGGCCUUUGGAAAAAAAACGAUUUUUUCUUCAAAAUUUCUACUCUGUUAUUAGCAAAAGCUGUUAACUUUAGCUUCAGAAUCUUGAACUAGCUGGAUAUUGAGUUUUGUUUGAACUUGAGCUUCUGCUCUCGAAACCAUUUCUUUGGAGAUUUUUGGGUAAGGAUUUUGGUCUUGCCAUUACUGGAGCUUUAGUAUUUUGUGAUCUUUUGAUUUGGGGUUUAACUGCAAAGUGAAAUUAGCUUCUCCUCCUACUUUGGAGCUUCCUGUUUGAUGCCAAAGUUUUGAUGCGAAGAUGCAGCCUGAUCAGAGAAGAAAGUCAGCGGCGGAUGUAGAUUUUUUCACCGAAUAUGGUGAGGGGAGCAGAUAUAGGAUAGAGGAAGUAAUUGGAAAAGGAAGCUAUGGUGUUGUUUGUUCUGCGUAUGACACGCAUACUGGAGAAAAGGUUGCAAUUAAGAAAAUCAAUGAUAUAUUCGAACAUGUAUCUGAUGCUACCCGGAUCCUCAGAGAGAUUAAACUUCUCAGGCUCCUACGUCAUCCAGACAUCGUUGAGAUCAAGCACAUCUUGUUGCCUCCGUCGAGAAGGGAGUUUAAAGAUAUAUAUGUGGUAUUUGAACUUAUGGAAUCUGAUUUACACCAGGUCAUCAAAGCAAAUGAUGAUUUAACUCCCGAACACUACCAGUUUUUUCUGUAUCAGCUCCUGCGAGGCCUGAAAUACAUUCACACAGCAAAUGUUUUUCACCGGGAUCUAAAGCCUAAAAAUAUCUUAGCCAAUGCUGAUUGCAAACUGAAAAUCUGCGAUUUUGGACUUGCAAGAGUAGCUUUUAACGAUACCCCCACUGCGAUAUUCUGGACGGACUAUGUCGCAACAAGAUGGUACAGGGCUCCAGAAUUGUGUGGAUCCUUUUUCUCCAAGUAUACUCCAGCAAUAGAUAUAUGGAGCAUCGGGUGCAUCUUUGCUGAACUUUUAACAGGAAAACCUUUGUUUCCUGGAAAAAAUGUUGUCCACCAAUUGGAUCUGAUGACUGAUCUUUUGGGAACACCGUCUGCUGAAGCCAUUGCUAGGGUACGUAAUGAGAAAGCUCGGAGAUACUUGAGCAGCAUGCGAAAGAAAAAGCCGAUUCCACUUUCCCAGAAAUUCCCUAAUGCAGAUCCUCUUGCAGUUCGUUUGUUAGAAAGGAUGCUUGCCUUUGAACCCAAGGAUCGGCCUACUGCUGAAGAGGCCCUUGCUGAUCCAUAUUUUAAGGGCUUGGCCAAAGUUGAAAGGGAGCCUUCUGCUCAACCGGUUACCAAGAUGGAAUUUGAAUUCGAGAGGCGUAGGAUUACAAAGGAAGAUGUUAGGGAACUCAUAUACCGGGAAAUACUUGAGUACCAUCCUAAAAUGUUGAAAGAGUAUUUGGAAGGAUCAGAGCCAACUGGCUUCAUGUAUCCUAGUGCGGUCGACCAUUUCAAGAAGCAGUUUGCUUUCCUCGAGGAGCACUAUGGAAAUGGUACCACUGCAGCUCCACUUGAGAGACAACAUGCAUCUUUACCGAGGCCAUGUGUAUUAUAUUCAGAUAAUUCAGUGCAAAACUCAACAGAUGUGACAGAUAACUUGUCUAAAUGUUCCAUCAAGGAGACUGAAAAACCCCAUGCAGAGAGAAGCUUUGCAAUCCCCAUGUCAAGGCUUCCCCUUCAAGUUCCUCAAAGCAUCCAAGCAGGUGCUGCCAGACCUGGGAAAGUAGUUGGAUCGGUAAUGCGUUACAACAAUUGUGGGGCAGUAGCGGCAGGUGAGGCUCUUGAACAGCGAAGGAUGGCCCGGAACCCAAUAGUUCCAACUCAAUAUGCAUAUCCACAGAGAAAUCCAGUCCGUAAAAACGACAGGGGAGAAGAUGAAGUAGUUGAAAGUUCAAAUGAAUUGCAGCCAAAACCCCAGUACAUGGCUAGGAAAGUUGCUGCUGCCCAAGGUGGAUCCAGAAGUCAGUGGUAUUGACCUAAUAUCAACUACUAAUGGCUAACAAAAAUGCCGGUGAUAUAGGAGUUCAUCGGGUGAGGAAGCGAUGUUAUACAUGCUCCAGCAGAGCUGGCUAAGAAAGAUAAACUACACACGUUAAGCUAUAAUUGUAAUUUAUAGCACUAAUUUGGAAGAGAUUAAACUAUGUCUGCUAUCCUUCACCCCAUGGUUUUAUGAUCCAGAUCACUGACAAGAUAAGUGAACUUACAGACUUGAGCAGAAGGCAAAGUGUUCUCUCAAUUUAUGUUCUCAACUUAUUAUGUUCUUAUUCUUUGUUAACACCCUUUACCCUCCAACUUGGCUUGCAGUUAUUUAUAUGAUGCUUCAGUUGUAAU